UCAAUGCAUGUGCUCGUUUUUCAGUUCCACCCAGUACUGAUGAAUCAUUGUACAAACUGAAGUUAUCCGUGCUCGAGAACAAUACAAUUGAAAUCGCAUGUCCAGUGAAUGGUGUCCCAUCACCGGAUAUAUCAUGGUUAGCGAAUGGGCAACUACUGCAAGAGGGACAUGCUAAACGCGGUGUCAGACUCGCAGCCGGAGGGCAGGCCAUUCUGAUAGAUUCUGCACAACUCUAUCACGAAGGAAUCUACACGUGUGUUGCAGUCAACAAAGCUGGCAGUCUCGAUAUUGACGUUCAUCUAACAGUGCUUGGUUUGUUUUGUUUUUUUUUUNCAUCAAUCAAAAAGUACCAAUGCGAAAAGAUGACAAUGUUUCGAAGCUGA